AUGUCAUUUCUGGAAGCUGAAAAUAUCAAGCAACUGAAAAAGCUUUUCUACUCGGGCAAUGAAAACAGUGAUUCUGAUGAUAACUAUGAUUUGGACUCACGUGCUACAUCUCAACAACUAGGACCGGGAGACAUAGGUGAAUCGCGCAUUCACAAAACAAAGAAAAACUCAAAUUGUGAUCCGGAUGAACACGUGAAAAGUUGUUCAUAUGCUCCGAUGGUAAACGCCAAUUCGAACCAACCCAACACAAUCGAAGAGUGGGAGCAGCUACAGGAGCAAGAAUGUGAUACGUUUCUUGAAUCUCGUUCUCGGCCGGAAUAUAAAAUCACCUACAAACAAACCGUUGGCACAGAGGAUCUGUAUCUGCACAUGAGUGGCAAAACUCCUAGUACGGCCAGCUGCGAGAAUAUGCUUAUUGACAUCUUCCUCAUCGACGAAACGGUUGGCAUUCAUCAGAUGGAUUUGUCGUUCAAAGAGCAGCGACUUGUUCUUAAAACUCUCAAAUAUUUUCUGGAUCUACAAUUACCCCAUAAGGUUGACCACGAUAGUAGUAAUGCUGCUUGGCUUUCAGAAGAGAAAAUCCUUAGACUAACAUUGAAGAUGGAACGUGAGCUAGACUUCGUCAACUUUUGA